CAUGAUAAUGGUCUGUCAUCUGGUAAUACUGAUCUGUGGUGUCAUUUAGUCAGUCAUCUGAUGAACAUCGUUAAAAUCGAGUAACACAAUGACAGCUAAUUACUAUUUUGCGAUUGUCGGUCACGCCGAUAACCCUUUAUUCGAAAUUGAGUUUAAUAAUUCUGGAAAGGAUGCAAAGAAAGAAGAUUAUACACAUUUGAACCAAUUUAUUGCUCAUGCUGCAUUAGACCUUGUUGAUGAGCAUACAUGGAAGACAACAAACAUGUAUUUGAAAGUUGUGGAUAAGUUUAAUCAGUGGUUUGUGAGUGCUUUUGUCACUGCAACCCAUAUUCGAUUUGUUAUGGUACAUGAUAGCAAAAAUGAAGAUGGUAUAAAAAACUUUUUCAAUGAAAUGUAUGAAACAUAUAUAAAGUAUUCCAUGAAUCCAUUCUACAAAUUAAAUACACCUAUUAAAUCUGUUGGUUUUGAGAAAAAAGCACAAUUGUAUGGCAGAAAAUACUUAUCUUCCUAAGUCUUUCUAUUUAAAAUUUAUAUAGUAAUGAGU